AGUUGUACGGAGUGAGUGACUGGAAUAAAAAGCGACUAGCGACCUAGCUAUGCAUAUGUCUUCUGUGUGUGCGAGUUAUAAAAUGUAUUGAAAUACAACACAAAUUUUAAGAAUAAAAAAGACAUUGAAGUGCAGAUCCCGUCCUCUGCCUGCAUGCUUCCUUUUUCACGAGAUCAUUUUGGUAUCGAGACAGCAUUUGGAAACUAACGAACAUAGCAGGUAAGUCAAAAAAAUGUUUACGUUUUUUAAAAGUACUUUAUAUCCGUCUGUCAUCAGAAUUUUAACAGGGACGGUUCUGCUUUCUUGAAAAUACUAUUAAAAGCUUACUGCACUAAAAAGAGGUGGUGGUAAUCUACUGAAAUGUCUAUCCUAUUAAAUAAAAGCCAGCAGGUGAAAAUCCAUUGUAAUUAAGGUGUUCCUAGUUUUCAACAGUUUAUUGAUUUGAAUAAAAUUAUUCAGGUAGAUGAAUGAAUUGAUGUCAUAUUUAAUGUUUUCUGAAGAAAACAGCAACAAAAACAACAUCCAUUGUGUUACAUUAAACUAAUGUAUUUCCCAAGUGCAUAAAUAAGCCUUUAAUAACGGGGUAGACUUGACUUGAACUCCACAAGGUUUAGGAAAUGUACAUAGUUAUAUAACCGGUACAUUGCAGUCAUUAAAAUAAAAAAAAAAUAGAAUCCUUAAAACUGUCAUCAUCAUGGACAGACGCUAUGGUUUUGAGACUUUGGCGGAGAAAGAGCAAGGAGCUGACACCUGCAGUCUGUAUCAAAUGACAUGCAGCGAAAUUUUCACCACUAAUCGAUCUUUCAUACUUUUUUUUUUAUAUUUUGGCAGUAUUUUGAUUUAAAUAUUGUUGACGAACCUUAUCAAAUUUCCCUGUGCAUUUCGAUUUAGAGGUAAACGUCCAUAAAAACAAGGAAAAAAUUGUCAAAAAUCAAAACAUUCAAUGGAAAUUUAUUUCCUCAAGAUUCAUUUAUUUUUCAAAGUGAUUAAAUUAAGUAUUUGCAAACACUUUCGUCUGAGAACAAACUACUGUAGUUGUGAAAACAAUCAGUAAAAAGAGAGCAGCGAUUAGAAAAUAACAUUGUAUCUGUUAAUAAAAGAAAAUGUUUCUAGAACAAAUUACAUAGCUAUAAAAUAAUGCUGUAAAUGUCAUUGAAAUGCUGUCUCGAGUCAACUUUGAUUUAGGUCGGUUCAAGAUGUCGUUUUCCAUUUUUACUGCAAGAUCCUUAUAACGGUUAGUUUUCCAUUUCACCUAGCGGUUGGUCCACUAAAAUAUGUCCUGUACAACUAAACAAUUGGUAAAACAAUAUAGUGUUUAAAUGUCCUGAUUGAAAGAUUAUGCCACUACAAAGUGGUUAGAACAAUAGGAUUAUAGGGAGGUCGUUCUACCGGACGCUUUGCCAUGUGCGAGACUGUGGUGAUGCAAUUCUUUUCAUAGAGACUAUUUUGUCAGGUCGAAAAUCUCUGGCCUGUAGAACCAACGAGGUCAGGAAGAAACCCGAUCGAUUUUUAAAAACAAUAUUUUUCUUCUGUAAACUUGUUAAUUACUUUCUAACUCUGAGAGUUGCUAACUUUCAGGAAUUAUGUUGGUAAAUAGAAAAAUAAGUGUUUAAAAGAUGAUAUUGCGCUUUUAAAAUCUUCCAACACAUAAAAAUACUAUAGAAUAAUAACAAAACAUAUUAGUUUCAAGUUUUGGUAUUAUUAACGAAAUAAAAUUUUACUGAAUUCGAAAUGUAUUUAUCAAGAUAACACUAUAAAAACAUGUAGAUAUCAUCGCUAUACCAAUAUUUUAAAAAAGAAAGAAAAGAGAAAUAUACAAGUCGGAUACCACAAUAUAAAUAAAUAGCUUGUUCUUUAUUCGGAUGAUAUCGGUGGUUUAUAUAUAGUUACUAUGGCUGCAUUUGCCAUCAUUUAAAAUUAUUACAAGAGAAAUUACAAUUUCCAAUACCAAAUUCUGAUAUCACAGUUUUACCAUGGUAUCAACAGUUACUGUAAUGCCAACAUUUCUAUAUUUGGUUAUCAUUUUGCGGUAGAAUCUUUUUUCAGGCGCGAGUGACCUUUAGCAACUCUUGGUACUAGUAUUUCCAGCUGAACUUGAGUCCUGUCUUUUAAAUCUUCGUUUCACAAAUUUAGAGGUGGACCAUACGAUUUUGUCAGUCAUUAUAGUCAAUAUAAAUUUACAUUAGUAUUGUUUAUAGAUUUUGAUGUAUACCCUACAGCAAUCUCUCUCUCUCUCUCUCUCUCUCUCUCUCUCUCUCUCUCUCUCUCAAUCUCUCUCUCACUCACUCUCGUUCUCGUACCGUUUUACCUGUAUAAUUCACAAUUACUAACAUUUCGACAAUGCUUUGAUCGUCAUCCAUGUCUGGUUAAAUACCGUAUCACUGGUAAAAGUGUUUGAUCCUAUCAGGCGAUGACGGGCCCAAAUACAGAGAAAGAACCGUAAACAUGUGUUUAUACCCAUAAAAACGGCAUAAACUCGGUCUAAACUGUACCCCCAUCUCGUGACGAGGCUUGUCAAUCUUGGGAUACGGCACAUGCGGAUUAAAAAAUCACAUUCCUUGCCCGGCACCCACUCCACAAGGCCACUCUUUACAAUGCCUAGGACUUGCUUAUUGUUUACCAUGGCGACGUCAGAAUAGACCCUCGCCAGAACAAGAUCCUGUUCCAUGUACUCUGGGUAGACAGGGUUUCGCAUGAACAUUUUGACAUUUUCUGGAAUUCCAAUUCAAAUGGACAGAUUCUAAGAGAAAAACGGAGGGACUGACAGAGACUGCAGUAGGCCGUCUUCACGAUCUACCCGGAAACUUGUAUGAGAGGGAGCAAUUUUAAGCGUUAUCGAUCGGCUCUCGCAGCACAGGUGGCGGAAAGAGAUAGAGAUGCCGAGCAUCCACGAGGAAAUGUGUGCCGGGUGUGGCUAUCCAAUCCGUGACAAAUACCUGUUCAAAAUUAAUGACAAUGUGUGGCAUGAACACUGUUUGCAGUGCGCAAUUUGUCGGCUGUCCCUCACCGGAACAUGUUACAGCAAGAACGGCCAUCUCUACUGCAAAUCAGACUACGACAAAUUAUUCCGCGGGCGGUGCAGCGGCUGCGGAUUCAGCAUAAACCCACACGAAUUGGUCCGUCGAGUGUACUCAAACACCUACCACCUGCCUUGUUUCCGCUGCGUGGAGUGCGGACACGUGCUGCAAGAUGGAAACGAAUUCUACAUCAGGGACAGCCAGAUCUUUUGUCGAUAUGACCAUGAUAAGGAGUUCCAUAUACCAUCAUUCAGCCCCAAAGUGGAUGAAGACAGCGAUAGUUAUGAAGAUUUUGAUUUGGACGUAGAUCGACAGGCCAAGCGACCAAGAACAAUUCUUACCACGAGUCAACGGAGGAAAUUUAAACAGGCGUUUGAAGCCAAUCCCAAACCGUGCCGCAAGGUGCGUGAACAAUUGGCAGCAGAAACUGGGUUAACCAUCAGAGUAGUCCAAGUUUGGUUUCAGAAUCAGAGAGCGAAGGUGAAGAAAACUUCACGGAAGGGCAGCAAAGAAACAAACGAGAAGGGACGAAAAAGAAAAUUGCGAAGUGAAGAUGGGGAAAAGGACGGAUUUCAGGAAUAUGAAGAUAUGAGCAAACCCACAUCCGACAACGAAGGUUCAAUGUAUUCAAACAUGGACAGCAGCGGAAAUCUAUUUUUGGAAAUGCAGACUUCAGACGACUCUGCAGAGUCACCCGUUCCACCUAGAAUAGACAGCUGUCAAGACGGAAGCACUACCUGCCCAACCAAUCACAUUAACAAACUGUAUUCAAUGCAGACCUCUUAUUUUUGUGCGGAAUAACAUGAAUGGUGGCAGGUCCGUUUCCGUUGUAUAUUCCGCCCAAAUCCGUUACACUGGUGCAUAACAUAGAUAACUUAUAAGCUCAUGUACAUAUUUUAAAAAGAUAUAUUUAUUGCAUUUGCUAUUACUGCGAAAGUGCAGUCGUAUUGUCUCAUGUAAUGGGAUCAGAGUGUUGUGUAAAUGUUGAGAUGUAAGUGAAGUAAUGGUUAUAUUGCCUCUGUUUUACUAUUGUAUAGAUUGAUUGGGGUAAAAUAUAUUGCUAUUUUCGUAGUAUGUGAUCAUUUAAGGAAUGCAUGUUUUCAUGAACAUUCGGUUUAUACAUAACGAAUUGAAGUCAUUUCACCACAGCAAUUCUCAUAAAAUGAGUUCAUGCAUGAAUUUUCGCCAUGUUCGUUUACGUUGACAAAAUAUCCAGCAUUUUACUCUUUGAAUGCAUAGUUCCUGAAAUUUGAAUGAUAAUUCCUAAAUAAACAAAAACUAGAACGAAUUUAGAAAAUAAAUAAACUUUGCAUCCACCCCUUAUAUUGUCGGUGUUGUCUAGCUGUAACACAGCGAGACACCUGCCCGUCCUAUUGCAUUAUAUAAUAGAUUCUUACAUGAAUAUGUUGUCGAACUUUUACUGUUUUGUGUAAAUACGGUGUAGUAUUUAUUAUUUCUUUAUUGAUAAUAAAACUAUUGUGAUGACA